AUGUCGAGGUUCGUCGUGAUGAACGAGGCCAGGCAAAGAAUGGAGUCUGCAGAGCCCUCGAUCACUGCAACCAACCACCCCGGUGGAAAAGCCGGCGCGGCACGCCAGAUUCCCUGUGCUACGUGCGUCCGUCGUCUUACGUCCAACCCACCGAGCCAGCACCAGCCUUGUUUCGAGCACCUUGGCCGCAGGGCUAUAAAGUGCUUUCAAUGCUCGUCCAGGAGCAAGAAUUGCAACGAGCUUCCACCAAACGCUGUUGCGUUCGGCCGAGAAUUUCAGGAUGCCACUAGAAGACGCUUUGAGGGAGAGACGGUGGACGACUGGGGAAUUCUUGGAGAAAAUACCAUGCAAGCUAUCAACGCGGCCGACAAACGGCCCGUGAAACCUACACGACUCUCAGGUAUUGUUCCUACUGAGGAAAACGAAAGCUCAGUUGAGAACGACACGUCGAGAUGUGGUCAGCCACAGGCGGAUUCGGAGCAGCAGCAGCAGCAGCAGCCUUCGAUUCAGCCGCCACAGCAGCAACCACAGCCGCUGUGCCAGGAAGAGCUUGCGCAGUCAAACGACCAAUUUCCGUCACCGAUACGGCAUAUGGCGUCCCGACAAGACUUGCAGGAACUGAGGGCUCAGAUUCUUCACGAUGUGAGGCAGGUGCUUGUGGAAAGUCAUCAAAAUCAACGCCAAGAUGACAGUCAGGAGGAAAGGUGUGCACCCCCUGCGCCACCUGCAGCGGAGCCUCCGACUGAGCAGAACAUCUUGAAUGAGACUGUUCGGGAUAUCAUAGAUGCCGCCCAACGCAGUCGUGAAGGGGUUGCGACGAUUGUCAUCCACUUCCAUUGA